UUCCCAGCGUGCCUCAGGACGCGAAGUGUGCGUUUCGCCCGGAACGUCAGGAGUUCGGCCCUGAGUGGGAACUGCGGUAGCGAAGACUGAGUGCAAGCUGAUGCUGAGUGGGCACCUGGUCGGAAGCCUGUUCUCCAUGGCUGGCCGCGUCUGUGUGUCCCGGGGCAGCGCCAGAUCAGGGGCCAUCGGUCCCGUCGAGGCCGCCAUUCGCACAAAGUUGGAGCAGGCACUGAACCCCGAGGUCCUGGAGCUGCGUAAUGAGAGCGGCGGCCACGCGGUCCCACCAGGCAGUGAAACCCAUUUCCGCGUGGCCGUGGUGAGCUCUCGCUUCGAGGGACUGAGCCCCCUGCAACGGCAUCGGCUGGUCCACGCGGCGCUGUCAGAAGAGCUGGCUGGGCCGGUCCACGCCCUGGCCAUACAAGCGCGGACCCCCGCCCAGUGGAGGGAGAACCCUCAACUGGACACGAGCCCCCCCUGCCUGGGCGGGAGCAAGAAAACUCGAGGAACUCCCUGAACCCUGAGACAGAGGGAGGACCGGAAUCCAAACGGGUUGGACAGGAAGAAGCAGGAGACACAGGACAUCACGCUGGAGCCAGCUAGAGCCGGGGAAGGAGAAAGCAGCAUGAGCCUGGCCACAGCCCACACUGUCCUGUCGACCAGCGUUGAGCACAGCCCAGGAUGAGACUCUCUUUUUGCCAAGGUACCCAAAAGAAAGGCUUUCCACUCAUCCCCAACCUCCCUUAUAAUUGUCUUAUUAACAAUUCAGUACCAACCAUUUCUUCAGUGCAGGCUAUGGGCCAAGCAACUUGAUGGUUUACACACACUGCUAAUAAGUCAACCUCAUGAGACAGGUACUGUCAUCACCGCCAUGUCACAGAUGAGACAGCUGGGCUCAC